AUGCUUCGACGGUGCGUGCAGAGCGCGGGCCGUUGGCGGCUUAUGCCGCUGCUGCGCCCUAUUACGCAUGUGGCGCAUGUUCCAGAGAUGGGUAUGCUGCGAUCGGGGUUUGAGACACGCGAUUUGGAGCAGGUGUGGGAAGCAUGGGCGUCGCUUCGGACGCAGCAGCAGUUGCACCUCCUUCGGCGCAACGAUUUCGCCGAUCUCCUUGCACUUGUGCGUGCGAAUCUCGUACACACACCUAUUGGCACGCGACGCAAGGCGGCGUGGAAGGAGCGGUGCAUAGAAUGGGGUCUGCAUGCUGCUGAGCGCAGAGACCUGUUCGGCGUGCUGGGCUGGAUGCGCAUUGAGCUCUUGUGUGACGACGCCGAUGGCGCGAUCCAGCUCUUCGAUGCGUACUUCGAUGCAAGGAAGCGUGCGCGCGUUCCUGCGAAUGACAGCGUGCACAUCCUGGAUGCCGGUCAGGCGAAGGAGCCAGUACGUGACACGUUGGAAAUGCUCAUUUUGGCACAUGCCAUGAAACACGACCUGGCAGGUCUCGUGCGUACGAUGCAAUCGUUCGACGUCGGCACACACACAGAACUAUUUUUCGACAUGGCGCACGCGCGGCGCCAGUAUACCAAGCUGUUGCGCUUGCUCCAUGGGACGGAUACCACAGCGACAGAGCUCGCUGCGCAAGUGUAUGAACGUGCUUUCGAUUGGAUAUCGCACGCUGAGCUGGCGCGUGGACUGCUGGGUGGCUGUGGCGGACGUGCGGGCCCGAAUCGCAUUGCGCGCCUGCUGGGCAGUCUGCUGGCGCGGGGCGAUGUGACGAACGCGUGGCGGCUCUACAGCACGGCCAAGGCCGCAGGCAUCGCGUCUACGGCGGAAGCUUCGGGAUGGCUUGCUGUAGAGCAGCUUGCACAGCCGGGGCAACUCGGGGCCUGGACGGACAGUGCAUGGGUCGUGUGUCUUGGUGGCUUUCUCAGUGCAGGCCGGCUUGAUCUCGCCGCGCAUGUCUGGCGAGACAUCGUGGGUAUGCGCCAGCGCAUGCCGGAAGCAUGGCCGCCCAUGGCAGUGUGGAACGCGAUGCUGGAUGGCUAUGCGCGCUCAGGUCGCUACGAUCUCGCCAGCAAGACAUGGCGUGUGCUCUGCGGCAAAGCACGGCCAGAACACCUACCACUCGCCCUCGAGACGUCCCAGAUGCUGCCCGUCCCGUCGCACGGGCCUGAUGCCGUGUGCUAUACCACCAUGAUUGCCGCCACAUUUAGGGAGCGCAGAGCAGAUGAGGGCAUGAAUUUGUACCAUGCCUUGCGGGCGAAGCAAGCGCGCCAAGAGCUGCAUGUGCCUGUGGAAACGUACAAUGCCGUCCUGCAUGGUCUGUGCCUGACCCACCACCUCGACAAGGCAUACGCACUCCUGCGAAGUAUGGGCCAAAACGGCGUGCCAUCGCCUUCCAUCACCACCAUCAAUGUACUUCUUCGUGCCCAAGCGCGCCAAAAGCAACUGCAUGCCAUGGCCGACACACUGCGGUGUAUCGCUCCAUUAGGUCUGCACCCUGAUGUCGUUACCUUCACCACAGUGCUAGAUGCUCUUCUGCGCACGUCGACGAGUCCGGCCAUGGCACAGCAGGCCGUGCAGCAGGUCAUGCAGCUGAUGCAGUCGAUGGACGUCCAGCCCAACUCCGUGACCUUGACCUCGAUGAUCAAGGCAUGUCUCCAUACCAAGGACGAUGUUCCCCCCCGUAUCGGAGUCGCAUUGCAGCUCAUGCAUACUAUGUGUACGAACCUGAAAGUGGCACCGACGGCCAUCACCUUCGAGACUCUGAUCCUCGGUCUCGUGCCCUUCUCGUCUCGCUUGGACCGGGAGGCAUACGAGCUGCCACCAUCUCUGAGCCAGCCAUGGCCACCGCUGUGGCCGAACGAAGCACCUCCCCAAGAGCCCCUGCCAGCCGUGACGCGUCUCGUGCUUCUCUUGUGGCACAUGAUGGUCCAGCAGCACAUUACGCCCACGCCUGACACGUAUCGCUCGCUCGUGCGUCUGCUCAUGGCGCCCCAGGCCCCCAUGUUCUGCUUCCGUCGCGGCGUGUGCAUCACGGAUGCCCUAUUGCAUGCACACGGCGCCCUCCUCCGUCAUGCACAAGCGCCAGCCGGCGUCAUGCCACCCGCCUCGCCGCCGGCCUUGGCGAGCUGGACAGCCGUGCUCAAGGCGCUGAUGCGGCCGAAUCCCGCGGUGGAUGCCGAAGUGCGUCGGCAGGUACUCGAGGCCGUCUUGCAGCAUUUCCGCACGUCACCCCACGGUGCCAAGAUGUAUUUGAACACGUCCCAAGAUCGCCAUGCGCAUCUCGCACGCAUAGUGCAGCUGGCCGAACAUAGCAUUGAAUAA